UCGUUAUGUAGAGAAUGCAUCAUUUUGAAAGGCAAGUGAAUUAUGUCUAACUGGAAGGCAGAAAGAUCCAAAUCAUUGUAAAAAAAGAACAACUGAUAGCUAGAAACAUAUAACACAUUAUUACAUGUAUAACAAUUCGUGUCACAUGGGCUUAGGCACAACAAAUAUUUACACAACCCAAAUAUAUUACAUGUAAAUUAACGCAUACCUACAUAGUUUAACACCCUACUUCCCACAAAGAUGAAAAAUCGACCAUGUAAACAUUUCAUAUAUCCGCAUAAUAAUACAGUAAUAAGUAACUAGUCAAGUAAACAUGAAAGCAGUGACGUAACAGUUGCAUCAUUGGCAGCGGGCGCGGCAGGGCGCUCUAACUCAAUUAGCACGACUUUCAUCUCAACUUUUAUAACACCCGCUCUCGGAUAUACUUUCCCUCAGUUUUCAGCAGACUACAGUGAAACAAUGUUCAAAAUAGUGCUUUUUAUCACGUUUACUGUGCUGUGUGUGGUUAAUACGCAAAGUGAUGAUGGAUGCAAUCAUUCAAGAUCGUACACAAGAGUCAAACGAGGGAAAUAUUAUAAUAGUCCUCCGUUAAGGUUCUACAAUCGGCCGCCGUAUACCAUACCUAUAAAAGGGCCGUUCUCCUACACACCACCUCCGUUUAUGAAGGACGAUGAACCCCCGUACCCCGGCAGCAGACCUUAUAAGGUUAGUAAACCUCGACCUACUAACGAUGGUUUAGCAGAUGAUGAUAUAAAUAAUCUAGUCAAACACUUAUCUAAACAAGACUUGGAUAAAAUAAUCGAAUUUGCUUCGGGAAAGAACCAAGUUGCGGACUACGAACACAGUCGACCGUAUAAAAGAGAAAACUCAAACAGAACUCCUUAUACUAAGGAGUUUUAUAGGGGAAACGACGAUACUAAAUAUCGAGAAGAAAAACCUUAUGAAACAGAGCUCAAGAAAUAUGUGAACUAUGUGACUGAAGCAACUCCAAUGAAGUAUGCACCACAAACUGAUAGCCCAUACCCAAGCGAUACAGAACCUAAUCAUGUGAGUUAUUAUGGACCGCAAAACGUCGAAUAUGACACACCCCCACCGGAUUUCAGACCUCAAGAUGACAGACCAUUUAAAAGUUCUCCUUCUGACAAUGGUCCACCAACUCAAUACAAACCAUUUUUUUCACAAGCUGAAUCUAGUCAAUUUAAAGUUUAUGGACCACAGAACGGACUUGGAGCUAGCAACGAAGAAAGCCUCAUCAAUCAAAAUAUUGGAAACCCACAAGCACCACCGACUUAUUCCGAUACCAGUGAUCCAUCUCUUCACGAGAUGACUGAGGAAGAAAAGCUACCUCCACCGAUAAACAUGAGAGAAAUAGAUUUUGAUGUAUCAUACACAAAUAAUGUUCCCACCGUUGUCAAAGCUGAUUCUUCUUCGUACCAAGUGGAGAGUUUUGGCGAUCUCCCGCUGAUGAACUAUAACUCUAAGUUACAUUCAGUCAGUUCGUAUCACGUGCCACAUUAUACUGUAACGCACACAAAAUCCCAAUCACUGCCAUCACCGCCCGUUUCGACAUCAUUCUCAUCAUCGAGCUCCUAUUCAUCAUCAUCUCUUCUGAAGCCAUCACCAGCUGCAGCCUCCGUGAAGGCUCCACCUGUAGAACCGGCCCCUCCACCUUCUGCUGCUAAAGAGCAAAGUGAUGCCCACCUCAAAGCUACCAAGAUAUGGUCUCAUAGGUCGAAAGGGGCAGCUUAUACCUUGCAUGAUGAUGGCACCCUGACUCCGGAGUGGCCGAGACCGAAGUACGGUUAA